CUUGAAUGUUAAAUAAGUUUGGUUCAUUAUGGCUAAUGUCUUGAGUUGUCUUUUUGUUGAAGUUUGUAUUUACAAUAUUUGUUAGUAUAAGGAAAGAAACAUGUGUGCCAUGCUUAAGGCAGGGAUAUAGAUGGACUUGAUUUCACACUCCAAAUAAGUAAGGAAUCAAAACAUCAAUUUCUUAGGGGACCUAAAAGGUUAAUUCUAAGAACAAAACAUCUAAACAAAAACAUGUUUGGGAUUUUACAUUGGGAAAGGAUUAUGAUUAUGUUGUUGGUUGCAUGUAUCUUCAUGUCCUUAAUAACUGUCCCAGCUGCAGCUAUAGAGCGCCAUUACACCUGGGAGGUGACUUACCAGUAUAAGUCUCUUGAUUGCUACAAGAAACUAGCUAUUGCCAUUAAUGGGUUGACUCCAGGGCCAACUAUCUCUGCUGUGCAAGGAGAUACAAUCGUUGUCGACGUUAUCAACAAUCUGCUGAUGGAAAAUGUCGCAAUCCAUUGGCAUGGAAUCCGGCAGCGUGGAACACCUUGGAGUGAUGGAACAGAUGGUGUUACUCAAUGUGCAAUCAUGCCAGGGGAGACCUAUAGUUAUACAUUUGUGGUUGACAGGCCGGGGACAUAUAUGUACCAUUCACAUUAUGGAAUGCAAAGAGAAUCUGGUUUAUAUGGAAUGAUUAAUGUUUCACUUCCAGUUGGGGUCUCAGAGCCCUUCAACUAUGAUCUCGAUCGAGGGAUUAUUCUCAGCGAUUGGUACCAUAGAACAGCUUAUGAGCAAUCAACUGGCUUGUCUUCCAUACCUUUUGAUUGGAUUGGCGAGCCUCAGUCACUAUUGAUAAGUGGAAGAGGGAAUUACAAUUGUUCUGGCUUAGCACCCAGUGUUUGUAAUUCGACAAAUCCUCAAUGUUCUCCAUCCUCACUGACUGUAAUUUCUGGCAAAACCUAUCGACUACGGCUUGCUAGCUUGACAUCUUUAUCAUCUCUCAGCUUUCAAAUUGAGGACCAUGAGAUGACAGUUGUUGAAGCUGAUGGGCAAUACGUCGAGCCUUUCGUCACUAAGAACCUGUUUAUUUACUCUGGGGAGACAUAUUCCGUCCUGGUAACAGCAAAUCAAGAUCCAUCCAGGAAUUACUGGACCAGCAUAAAUGUAGUUAGUCGAAAACCUAAAACACCAAAUGGCUUAGCCAUCUUCAAUUACUAUCCUAACCAUUUUCUAAAACUUCCCCCAACAAAUCCACCAAAUGCAAAUUCUAUGACAGCAAAUGUUAGUGAGGCACAUCCCUGGCAUCUACAUGGGCAUGAUUUUUGGGUCCUGGGCUAUGGGGAAGGGAAAUUCAACUUGUCCAGGGACAUUGAAAAGUACAAUUUGGUUGAUCCAAUUAUGAAGAAUACAGUGCCUCUUCAUCCUUAUGGAUGGACUGCCUUGAGGUUUCAAGCAGAUAAUCCAGGUGUAUGGCUUUUUCAUUGCCACAUUGAAGCCCAUCUCUUGCUUGGGAUGUUAGUUGUUUUUGAAUCUGGAAUGGAACAGGUGGGAAAUAUACCUAAGGCCAAUUAUGGUUGUGGUAAAACCAAAGACUUGUUUAAGCCAUAGU